AGUUUAAUCACUCACAAACAGUGUCCGGCUUCCUGUCCUCAUCCACCCCCACCCCCGCCCCGUUUCCCUGGCCCCUCCCUCUCCCCAGCCCGCUCCGCCCGCCGGCUCCCCCUCCCCCCAUCCCUCGGGUCCAGGGAUGGGGGGGCGGUGAGGCAGGCACAGCCCCCCGCCCCCAUGGCCGCCCGUCGGAGCCAGAGGCGGAGGGGGCGCCGGGGGGAGCCUGGCACCGCCCUGCUGGCCCCACUCGUGCUGGGCCUGGGCCUGGCGCUGGCCUGCCUUGGCCUCCUGCUGGCUAUGGUCAGCCUGGGGAGCCGGGCAUCGCUCUCAGGCCAGGAGCCUUCCCAGGAGGAGCUGGUGGCUGAGGAAGACCUGGAGCCCCCGGAACUGAAUUCCCAGACAGACACAAGCCAGGAUGUCAUGCCUUUCCUGAAACGUCUCGUCCGGCCCCGCCGAAGUGCCCCUAAAGGCCGGAAAAUUCGGGCUCGCAGAGUGAUUGCAGCCCACUAUGAAGUUCAUCCACAACCGGGACAAGAUGGAGCACAGGCGGGUGUGGAUGGGAUAGUGAGUGGCUGGGAAGAAGCCAAAAUCAACAGCUCCAGCCCUCUACGCUACAACCGCCAGAAUGGGGAAUUUACAGUUACCAGGGCUGGGCUCUACUACCUGUACUGUCAGGUGCACUUUGAUGAGGGGAAGGCUGUCUACCUGAAGCUGGACUUGCUGGUGGAUGAUGUGCUGACCCUUCGAUGCCUGGAGGAGUUCUCAGCCACCGCAGCCAGUUCCCCGGGGCCCCAGCUGCGCCUCUGCCAGGUGUCUGGGCUGUUGCCUUUGAGGCUAGGAUCCUCCCUGCGGAUCCGCACUCUUCCCUGGGCCCAUCUCAAGGCUGCCCCCUUCCUCACCUAUUUUGGACUUUUCCAAGUUCACUGAGGAGCCCUGGUUUCCCAGCAGACCUGCAAGGCUCCUCCUCACCUAGCUCUCUGCCCUGCCCUAAGCCACUCCUGAACACACACCUGCCCCCUGACAGCUGCCAAGGCUUGUUCACGUGUUUCCUGGCCCACAUAUUCCUGAUCUCGUACAGUCCUCCUCUUCUCCAUCACUAGCUCCCAAAGUCUUGAUCUUUUUCCCCCCUCUCUUUUUCUUUCUCUUCUUUUUUUUCUCUCUUUCUUUUUAAUUUUUUUUUUUUUUUUUGCCAGUUCU